GCUACGCGAGGCCGGGGAUUGGCAGCGCGCGUAGGCCGCGCCGCCGCUGAUGGAGCCGGAAUAAAGGGGCGGCCGAGAGAGCAGCUGGUGGCCGCUCGCCCCGCGCCUGGCCCUGCGGGCGGCCUGGAGCAGGAGAUCAUUACAGUGAGGAAGUUCUGCUGUGUGGACCUCAAGGCUUGGUGGGUCUAUGGACCUGUCAUCUAGUUCCCAUCAUGCACUGGCUCAGUUCCCUAUAAGAUCAUUCAUCCUGGGUGGCGCCUGUGGCUCAGUGAGUAGGGCGCUGGCCCCAUAUGCCGAGGGUGGCGGGUUCAAACCCAGCCCCGGCCAAACUGCAACAACAAAAAAAAUAGCCGGGUGCUGUGGCGGGCACCUGUAGUCCCAGCUACUCGGGAGGCUGAGGCAAGAGAAUCGCUUAAGCCCAGAAGCUGGAGGUUGCUGUGAGCUGUGUGAUGCCACGGCACCCUACCAAGGGCCAUAAAGUAAGACUCUGUCUCUACAAAAAAGAAAAAAAAAGAUCAUUCAUCCUGUUAUGGUGGAAAGAUGACAGGAUAAUUGGAGAGGGUAUGGGUCAGCCUCUCACAGGAGAGGGUUUGGGGGAUGGUCUUUGGUUCCAUGUAGUUGUGCUAAAUAUUAGCCACCAUAGGCCAUUUGCCAGUGGGCUCUCAGACCUAGGAGGUCUGGCCUUUUGGGCCCAUUAGGCUGUUUCCCUGACCAGUAGCAUCCUGCUUCAGGGCGGCAGUAGGAGAGGAGCUGGUAGGCUUCAAGGAAGCCUGAGUAUUGUGGUCAACAUCCCAGACACCUGGCUAAAGAAGGUUGACAGGAACCAGGAGGGGACUCGUGGGUGCUCUAGCCCAGGGGUGGGAACUGAGCUAGGUGGGAGUGGAUACAGCUGCCAUCCCCUUUGCCUGGAGGAGCUGAGAUGUCAGCAGACCACUUUGGUCACAGAUGAAAGAAGCAGGUGUCCCAGCCCUGAGCACCUCUCUCCGUGUGCUUAUGUUCAUGUGAGCCAAUCACUGGGGAAGGCAGAGCCUCCCUGGCAUUGCUGGGACCCUGCCUCGAAGAGCCCCUCCUGUCCUGUAGUCUGUCUUCUUGGUUAAUGACUUGGGCUGUCCAACCAGUCCCUCUUCUGUGCCUUGUCUGAGGUCCUUGUCCAUCCCUGAGAUUGGGCAACUUCUCUCUCUGGGUUGGGUCACUUUAAGCGGGAAACUGAAGCCUUUACUCUCCAAACCCUGUUUCAUCUUCCCAAGUAUGUCAGAAAGCUGGCAGCAGCCACCACAGACACAGCCGCAGCAGCCGCAGCCGCCGCAACCACAGCACCAUGCAGAGCCACCACCAGCCCUGGCGGAGCACACGCUGCCCCCAGGCACGGCUGAGAACCCCCUGGGCUGUGCUGUCUAUGGCAUCCUCCUACAGCCGGAUCCAGGCCUACAGCCCCCACAACAUGCACCCCUGCAGGCAGCAGGUGAGCCGGGCCCCAAAUGCGGUGUGUGUGGUCAUGAUCUGGCACACCUGUCCAGCCCGCACGAGCACCAGUGCCUGGCAGGCCAUGACCGCUCAUUCCAGUGUACCCAGUGUCUCAAGAUCUUCCACCAGGCUACUGACCUGCUGGAGCACCAGUGCGUGCAGGCUGAGCAGAAGCCUUUUGUCUGCGGCGUCUGCAAGAUGGGCUUCUCACUGCUUACCUCGCUGGCUCAGCACCACAGUGCACACACGGGCCUGGUGAAGUGUUCCAUCUGUGAGAAGACCUACAAGCCCACCGAGGCAACUGAGCCUUCCACCACUGCGGCCCCAUCACUUCCCGCAGCACCCCCACCGUCUGCCGUCCCCCCAGCAGAACAGGCUGACAAGCCCUACAGCUGCCCCAUCUGCCAGAAGCCCUUCAAGCACCUGUCGGAGCUUUCCCGGCACGAGCGGAUCCACACGGGCGAGAAGCCGUACAAGUGCACACUGUGCGACAAGAGCUUCAGCCAGUCUUCCCACCUGGUGCACCACAAGCGCACACACAGCUCGGAGCGGCCCUACAAGUGCGCGGUCUGCGAGAAGACCUUCAAGCACCGCUCUCACCUGGUGCGCCACAUGUACGCGCACUCGGGCGAGCACCACCUAUUCCGCUGUAACGUGUGCGAGCUGCAUUUCAAAGAGUCAUCAGAGCUGCUGCAGCACCCCUGCACGCCGAGCGGGGAGCGGCCCUUCCGCUGCGGCGAGUGCCAGAAGGCCUUCAAGCGGCCGUCGGACCUGCGGCAGCAUGAGCGCACCCACAGCGCUGAGCGGCCCUUCAAGUGCGACCUGUGUCCCAUGGGCUUCAAGCAGCAGUACGCACUCAUGCGGCACCGGCGCACGCACAAGACGGAGGAGCCCUUCAAGUGCGGGCUGUGCGAGAAGGGCUUCGGGCAGCCCAGCCACCUGCUCUAUCACCAGCACGUGCACACCCUUGAGACUCUCUUCAAGUGCCCCGUGUGCCAGAAGGGCUUCGAUCAGUCGGCUGAGCUGCUGCGGCACAAGUGCCUGCCAGGCGCAGCGGAGAGGCCCUUCAAGUGCCCGGUGUGCAACAAGGCCUACAAGCGGGCGUCGGCCCUGCAGAAGCACCAGCUGGCCCACUGCUCGGCAGCAGAGAAACCCCUGCGCUGCACCAUGUGCGAGCGCCGCUUCUUCUCCUCCUCCGAGUUCGUGCAGCACCGUUGUGACCCAGCCCGCGAGAAGCCGCUCAAGUGCCCGGACUGCGAGAAACGCUUCAAGUAUGCGUCAGACCUGCAACGACACCGGCGGGUGCACACGGGAGAGAAGCCCUACAAGUGCCCCAACUGUGACAAAGCCUUCAAGCAGCGGGAGCAUCUCAACAAGCACCAGGGCGUGCACGCCCGCGAGCAGCAGUUCAAGUGCGUGUGGUGUGGGGAGCGCUUCCUGGACGUGGCCCUGUUGCAAGAGCACAGUGCGCAGCACAGUGCCGCCGCUGCAGCCGCUGAGGGCGCCUACCAGGUAGCCGCCUGCCUGCCCUGAGUCAACGCUCUGCGUCCAUCAGGCCCAGCCCAGGCAGCCCCCUAACCAGCUCGAUGUUCUGAGGCCCUCAGAGUGAGGUCAGAAGGGGACUAAGCAGGCGGAGGAUGUGGGCACUCAGCACUCCAGGCAUCAGCCUGGCAGUGGGGGAGCCAGAUUGCAAUGGCCAGUCCUCAUUCCAUAAAUCUCUUGCCCAUUGCAGGAUUCGCUUUUUUGAGAGCCAUCAGCCUCCCUUGUGUCUGCAGGAUUGGAACCAGGCUGGAAGUCAAGUACCCUCUCCCUGCCUCAAGGACGGGAGAUACCAGCCCAACCUUCCCAAAUCUUUCAGCCUAAUUAGAACCCAGACAGGUUAGGAAAAAGGAUGGUCCUGGUAGGGCUGGGAGAUGGGCCUGGACCCCAGAGGUAGGGCAUCAAGUUGAUGUUUUGGGGAGAAGGUCAGCUUUGUGAUGUAGUUUUGGGGACCAGGAGGGUAGACCAUGGACCACAACCAUGGGUCCAGCUAGGGGCAAUGUGACCCCAAGGUUUUCUAACAGGCAAGGUGUGCAGAAUCUUUGGACUGAGUCUGCCUAGAGAUCAGUGGGCCCAGCCAGAAGUGGGAAGCAGAGAGGUUUCUGUGAUACCUCAGCCAAGGGACAGUGCCAUCCAUGGGAAAAGAAGGAAAGAUAGCCUGCUUGUGCAGAGGGCUAAUCUCAUUGUUUUGGAAGUCCCCUUCUCCCCCACCCCCCAGUGUGGUUCUGAAGUGUAGUGGGGACUGUGCUCUCAGCCAGAUAGAACUGCUGGUGUGGAAGGAGGGGGUUGUUUUCUCCCUGGGGCUGGGAGGAAGAGGGCCCAGCCCCGAUCUUCCCAGUAGAUUCAAACAAGUGUCCUCCCUCCCCCUGAAUUGUGUGAACCAAAGUGUCAGGGGCUCAGCCCCAUUUAGCUUGCCCCAGCCCUCUCCCAGGCCUGGAUACCCAGGGGGGCAGAACAGCCUCUAACCCCACAGUGUCCUCCCAGCCCAUGGGAAUACAUGUGCCCCAGUCAGGCUGGCUGCUGGCCUAGCCCCCAGGGGUCCUCUGCUGCCAAAGUGUCCUGGACAACAUCCAGCUACUUGAAAGGCCAGAACGUUCUUUGGGUCCUCUUAGAGUUCCCCUAGGUGUCUGGCUGCCCACAGGGCUUGUGGAGCAAGAAGUGCCACAGAACUUGCAGAAGAAGCAAGUAGGUUAAGGAAACUAGGGGUGCUUGGCAGAUGGAUGGAGUUGACUGACAUUGCUGGAUAGCCAGGGCCCUCCUUGGGAAGCCCAGAAGGACCUUGAUUGGCAAGGUGAUCAUUUUGAACCCAGCUCUGCCUCUUGCUCUCUUCUAGGUUGUGGGUCUUGAAGGAAGAGUAAUCAGAGGGCCUAGAUUAGGGCCCACUAACCAAGGGCCCAGAGGGGCAGGGAGAUACCACUUUGCUUCCCUCUUACUGUAAGAAGUCCUAACAGCCAUGUUCACCCUCUCUAUCUGACUGGGUUCCUUCCUGUGCCCACAGAGAGGGACUGGUCCUUCCCUCGGUGCUGGCUCUCUGUCACGAUGCCUCAAAAGACAUGGAACCCAGGCUUACAAUAGUCACAACUGCUAAUUUUUUUUUUCAUUUUGCUUUCUAAAAGCAAUUUGUUUAUACUAUUCAUAUCAUUGUAUAGUUUAACUUCAUGUCAUUUUGGAUCUUAUAUAAAAAUGUGAGAAUUUGGGUUUUUUAAAAGAACAACUCCAUUUUAGGUAGCCACUUUUGGUGUUAAUAUAUAGUGAGUCCAAUGUACACUUUAGAAGUAAAGACAUUGACCAUCAUAGACCA